AUGACGGAUAAGCUGCCAGCGAACCUUCUCGCGCUUUUCGCGCCCAGGCCUCCUCUCCGUUACCUCCCCCACUGCGACCAUGCUCCCGACAAGCGUAGGACUGCACCUAUUACCGGCGUCGCUGCUUACCUCGAAACCCUUCGUACCCCUGAUCCUGACUAUGUUCCGACUGAGAGUUGGAUGCAGAGGCGGGAUCGCUUGCGUGAGGAAAAGAAGGCUGCGAUAGCGGAAAAGACGAAGGCUGCGCUUGGUCAAUGUAUGACGUUUCCUGUUCCUCCGUUGCUCCCUUUUUUAUUUAUUAUGUUGUCCCAACCUUUUGUUCCUCGUUCCUGAUUGGCUGAGUAUAUUGUCAUAGAUAAUCCGGAACAUGAUCCUCAGGUCCGUGGUGAUCCUUUCAAAACUCUCUUCUUGUCCAGGUUGAAUUACAAUGUUAAGGAGCCGGACCUUGAACGUGAGUUUGGCCGCUUUGGGCCCAUUGAGAGAGUGAGUUAUUGAUAUCUUCGGCAUCGAUCUUGGGAAUGUUGAUGCUGACCGUCCCUCCAGAUCAGGAUUGUGCGCGAUAAAGAAACCGGUAAACACAGGGGGUAUGCGUUCAUUGUUUACGAACGAGAGAAGGAUAUGAAGGGUACUUUACAUUACAAACCCCUCCCCCACCCCCCUCGGCCACUGUAUUCCAUUUUUUAAACCCCCCCCCCCUUCCCCCGGUUCCAUGAAAACGGAAUGGGUGUGACAGAAUAAUUGCGUCUCUCUGUCAUUGUGCCUUGGUUUUUUUUUAUUUUUAUUUUUUAUACUCACUAUCACAUAUCUCCUCCGACCCCAUACCCUUUUUAUUUCGUCCGUCUUCUCUCCCCUGUGUUACCCCUUUGGUAGGGAAAUCGGUCUAGAAGGAAAGUAUGAAUAGUAAACUGACAAGAUUGUUUUGGAUAUUUUCCAUUCUGACCGAUACAGCGGCUUACAAAGAAACUGAUGGAAUUCGUAUCAAGGACCGCCGCGUCCUCGUCGACGUUGAGCGUGGCCGCACUGUCAAGGGCUGGAAGCCAAGGCGUCUGGGAGGGGGUCUGGGUGGCAGGGGAUAUACCAAGAUUCCUGUUGCGCGACCAACCGGUCCAUCAUUUUUUGGUCAGGACGGUCCACGGGGCCCAGGAGGCUUCGGUGGUAGAGGCGGCUUCAGGGGUGGGUACCAAGGAGGUGGGUUCCGCGGUGGCCGUGGUGGGGGAGGUUUUAGCGGUGGAAACAGGUUUGAAGUCGGGGGCGGCCGUGGGCCUCGCGGAGGUAUUGGCUACCAAGGAGGUGAUAGGGGUGGUAGGGGGCAUGAGAACGGAUAUCAUGGUGGCCAUGGUGAGGCACCACCCAAUGCGCCCACUGGGCCUGGCGGACGUAGAGGCGGAGGCGGUGGUGGGUAUGGUGGAGGAGGAUCUGGCGGUGGGUACGGCGGCGGUGGGGGGGGAGGGUAUGGAGAUGGUGGGCACCGUGGUAGUGGUGGAGGCGGUGGGUAUGACCGUCACCGCAGUGGACAUGACCGUGAAGGUGGAAGCGCUAGGGACAGGUUCGCAGACUCCGGAAGGUACAGCGGUCACGGUAGGGAUGACAGACAUGAUGACGGCGGAUAUUCUCGAAAGCGUGCGUACGAGGGUGGGGAAGGAGGGUACGGUGGUAGCGGCGGCGGCGGCGGUGGCGGCGGAGGUGACCGCCACCGCAGAAGAUACUAG